AUGUCAGUUAGCAGUUUGCUAUCGGCUAUGUCUGGAUAAGGAAGAAAAAAGAAGAAAGAUGAGCACAACCACAACCAGUAGCACCACAAAUCUUCCUCACAAUGUAAAACCAGAUCACCUUUCAAAAACAAACAUACCCACUUCCGAACUUUCCCAGAAAACAAUCCUAGACCUUUUAAACACAAAAUGCACCACUUCUUUACACCUCCUCAAGCAGGCUCACGCUGUUGUUUUAAAGAGUGGCCACUUUCAAGACCAUUAUGUAGCUGGCACGUUACUCAAGUCUUAUGCAAAUUCUCCUUCCAGCAACUUGAAUUUUGUAUCGAAGGUCUUCUAUUAUGUCCCUAGGCCUAAUGUUUUUGUAUGGAAUGUUAUGCUCAAAAGUUGCUUGGACCAUAAUGAGACUUGGAAGGUAAUCUCCUAUUAUUAUAAGAUGGUCGUUGCUAAUGCUAGGCCUAAUAAGUUCACUUAUCCUGUUGUUUUUAAGGCCUGCAAUAUUGCAGGUGUUGAUAAAGAAGGAUUGCAGAUUCAUACUCAUGUAGUGAAACUUGGACUUCAUGGAGAUAUUCACAUUAAAAGUUCUGCAAUUCAAAUGUAUGCAUCUUUUGGACUUUUAAUGGAUGCAAGACAGUUUCUUGAUGAUGGUCAAGAAUGUGAUGUCAUUUGUUGGAAUGCUAUGAUUGAUGGUUACUUGAAAUGGGGAGACAUUGAAGCUGCUAAAGAGUUGUUUAAUUCUAUGGUUGAAAAAAAUAUUGGAUCUUAUAAUGCUAUGAUAAGUGGUUUAGCUAAGUGUGGAAGGUUUGAUGAUGCUAGAAAGUUAUUUGAUGAGAUGAGUGAUAAGAAUGAAAUCACAUGGAGUUCAAUUAUUGACGGUUAUAUCAAAGGAGGGUACUAUAAAGAGGCCUUGGAAGUAUUUAAUCAAAUGCAGAAUCAAGAGAUUAGGCCAAGGAAAUUUGUUUUGUCAAGUGUGCUAUGUGCUUGUGCAAAUUUUGGGGCUCUUGAUCAGGGGAGAUGGAUUCAUGCUUAUUUGAAAAGAAAUUCUAUAAACUUGGAUGCAGUAUUGGGGACUGCCUUGAUUGAUAUGUAUGUCAAAUGCGGGUGUCUUGAUAUGGCAUGGGAGGUUUUUGAGAACAUGAAAAAGAAAGAAGUGUUUUCUUGGAAUGCCAUGAUUGGUGGGCUAGCCAUGCAUGGCCGAGCAGGGGAUGCAAUUGAAUUAUUUUUUAAAAUGCUAAGGGAAAGGAUGACACCUGAUAAAAUUACGUUUGUUAGUAUUUUAAGUGCUUGUGCUCAUGCGGGGAUGGUUGACAGAGGCUUAGAGGUUUUGGAUAAUAUGAAGAUAACAUUUGGUAUUGAGCCUGAGGUGGAGCAUUAUGGAUGUGUGGUAGACCUGUUAGGAAGGGCAGGGCUUUUAACUGAGGCUGAGGAACUCAUUAGUACGAUGCCAAUGGAACCCAAUGCAGCUGUUUGGGGUGCUCUUUUGGGUGCUUGUAAGAAACAUGGAAAUAUUGAAUUGAGUGAGAGGGUGGGGAAGAUUUUGCUAGAGAUGGAGCCAGAAAAUAGUGGUCGAUAUGCAUUGUUAUCGAACAUCUAUGCGAAGGAAGGAAGAUGGGAUGAUGUCGCAGAAGUAAGGAAGUUGAUGAAGGAAAGAGGAAUAAAGACAAAUCCAGGAAUUAGCACAAUUGAUUUGAAUGGUAUUGUUCAUGAAUUUAAAAUGGGAGAUGGAUCACACCCUCAAGUGAAGGAAAUCUAUUUGAUGUUGGAGAAGAUCAUUGAUAAGCUGAAGAUGGAAGGCUAUUCACCAAUUGCAUCCCAAGUUCUGUUUGAUAUUGAAGAGGAAGAUAAGGAAACUGCCCUUAAGUACCACAGUGAAAAGCUUGCAAUUGCAUUUGGACUCAUUAACACAAAUCCGGGAACAACCAUCCGCAUUGUAAAGAAUUUGAGGGUGUGUGAGGAUUGCCAUUCUGCCACAAAGCUUAUUUCUAAAGUAUUUGAAAGGGAUAUCAUUGUGAGGGACCGUGUUCGGUAUCAUCAUUUCAGAAAUGGUAAAUGCUCCUGUAAUGACUUUUGGUAAAAGUUAUGGUCAGAAUAGACGAAGGGUGAACAUGAGGAGUAAAGAACACAUAUGCAGUAAAGGCAGUCAAGAUUUUAAGCAUGUAAGAUAGUCGAUAUAUGUAAAAACCUGCCAGUGAAUAUGGCAAUUUCACAUUAUUCAUGAGCAGUAAGUUGUGACAGACUGCAGAGGCUAACUUUGUUAAGGAAUUCAAAUAAUCUAAACAGCAGCUAAUUUCAAGUAGAAAACAGGCUGAGAAAUGUGUUAUUU